AUGACUAUUAAAAUCACUGGCGCGCUCAAGUCAACAUGUACUCAACGUGUUGUGACUGUUCUUCACGAAUUAGGCCUCGAGUUUGAACUUGAUCAACCAACAAACUUUGCGUCUUUGAAGUCUCCUGAAUAUCUUAGAGAUAAACAUCCUUUCGGAAGAAUUCCAGUACUCAACGAAGAUGGCUACCAAAUCUUCGAAUCACGAGCAAUUAUACGAUACCUAGUCUCCAAACAAAAAUCAUCCCUCGCUCCAACAGACCCACAAAAACUCGGCAUCCUCGAACAAUUCCUCUCAAUUGAAUACUCGUAUUUCAACCCCCCGUUCUCCAGCUUGGUUGACGAAAAAGUAUUUAAACCAUUGUUCGGUCGUGGUGACCCCGACCCCGUAAAAGUAGUAGAACUCACGAAAAAGGCAGACGACGUAUUAGACGUCUACGAAAAACUGUUGGUCGGCAAAGAUUACUUGACCGGCGAAUAUUCAAUCGCGGAUAUUAUCCAUCUGCCAUAUCUUCACUAUGCUAUUCAGGUUGAUUAUGAUUUGGGCGAUAGGCCGAAUGUUAAACGUUGGUGGAAGAAUAUUAGUGAGAAGCCUUCAUGGAAAAAAGUAAUAACUCAAGGGUAA